GUGGCGCUGAAAACCAGUUUAGGCCUAGGAAACGACGUCGUCGAUGUGGACAGUUGCCGACUUCCAGCCUCUUAUUUGUUAUCGUGCCAUUUACACAGGCGGCCUCAAUUUUCACGUUCAAGAUAUAGUACAGUUACGUUACGCAAGUAACGUCGGUUUUUUGCCGUCCGUUGGAUUCGUUUACAAAACACGAAAUUUGUUUAAUAUACUAGAUAGUGCUAUCUCCAUUUUGUAGGAAAUAAGAAAAUUGUUUGGCGAAAAAGACUUGAGGUCUUGUGUGACAAAAACAAAUAAAAAUGGCAAAUGUUGAAGUCACCGUCAAAACUCUCGAUUCCCGAAAUCACAAAUUCACUGUUUCAGAGCAAUUAACAGUAAAAGAACUUAAAGAACACAUUGCUGGAGAGGUUGCUACACCAACUGAGACCCAACGAUUGAUCUAUUGCGGUAGAGUGCUUCAAGACGACAAAAAACUUAGUGAAUAUGAUCUGAAUGGAAAAGUCAUCCACUUGGUUCAAAGAGCACCCCCAUCAGUUGGUAAUCCACCUGCAGGUCCACCAAGAGCACAGGGAUUGAGACCAGGAAAUAUUCACUAUCACCUGGAUAGAGGAUUCCAAAAUGGAGCAAGUCAUAUUAUUGGUCCAGUUCCUCCUCCAGCAGGAAGCAGUUCCUUGUUGCGCUUGAAUACAGCUCGUCACAUGCUAGAAGAUGCUUCACAAAGUUUGGGUAGGAUUAGUUCUGUACCUGGUGGCACCGGUCCCCUCUUUACCAUGGAUAACACUGUUGAGGGACCUUACUCAUCACCAGCCAUGCCAUUUGCCCAGGCAGCCACUGCUGCUGCAUUAGCCGCCGCAUUUUCAACUGUUCAAUCCAUGGGAGCAAACAAUAUAACUGUAUUACAAGGACCCAACGGGACGCCAGCAGUUCAAGGAUCGUUUGGUUUCCGGGUUCAAGGUCCUCAGCCGAACAAUGCACCGGAAAGCAGUGGUGGAACAAGCGAAAACGGUGGUCCUACAAUUCCUCCUGCAACAGCACCGCCUUCCUCUACAACAUCCGGCACCACUCCAUCAGCACCUUCAUCAACAGCUCCGACAGUUGACCAACCACCUCAACAACAGCAGCAGCAACAACAACAACAGAUUCGAAAUCCUCGAGUGUCUGUAUUCGCUGAUGUCAUUGAAGAUAUGGAAAGACUACAACAAGAUCUUCGCCCUCAUUUGACAGCCGUCCGUCAGCUCCUCAGAGAUGAUCCCGUACUGAAUCCGUCGUCGGCGGAAUACCGACAGGCACAGCAUACCUACAACCAGGUGGCUGAAGGAUUGCAUUAUUUAGCCCACGCUUUUCACGCCAUGAGUGAUUUGAUGGUUGAUUUUGGAACUCCGCCCCCGCGCGAGGUCCGCGCAAGACCUUAUGUUUACCAACAAGCUGUCUUGUCCUCCACUAUACCCAUUCACGCUUCAAUUAGUGUAGAAACCACACAUACUCACCGACAUCCACAGACUAAUCCCUCAGCUGGUAAUCCAACAGCGGCGACGCCCCAGCCAAGCCAAGUUCCCCCACGACUGCCUACAACGAUCCCUCGUGAGUUUAUCCGUCACGUUUCACGCCCUGAAACUGUGGCCGGUACUGCGACCCCUUCGGCAGCUCCAACUGCCAGUCCGACCUUUCUCGGUUGGCGAGCAUCGAUUCCUGUCCCUGGCUCAACCCCUAACGCUCCCCCCGGCCAGCAGAACGUGGCACCACCGCGAGCGCCAUUUCAGAUGCUGCACCCGGAAAUGUUGGCCAGAGGAGGCCCUCCGCAUCCGUUUGGACGCUUGCCUUUAGCCAUGGCGAGUCAAGGAGGCUGGACACCAGUGAAUUUAGGCGGCCAAAUGCAUCCAAUGGUCUACAUGGAAGUGCGUUCUAACAACAACCAACAGGAGGAUCAACCCUCUUCCCCUGGCCAGUCGCCGACAGCUUUGGGUGAAUUUGACGACUUUUUGCCGUGCCAUUCUCGUCAUUUAUCUCGUUCAUCAACGAGAACCGACUCGGAACAAGCCAGGCCACGCCCAACGGUUGCCACCGGGCCGACACAAGCUUUUACGAUGGCGACCGAAACAAAUCAGGUCCAUCCAGCGCGCACCGGAACUCGAGCAACCGCCAUUCCGGCUUCUGUCGACGAGUUCAUGAACGAAAUGUUUCGUCAGGUGACGGCCAGCAGCAGCGGUGGAGGAGGAGGAGAUGGAAGAGUGGCUGGUGGAGUCAUAAUUGGCGGUGGGGAUGGUUCCGACAACACGGCUAAUCCAGUGUUGACCAAUGCCAUGUUUAGCAGUUUGCUGCAGGGAGUUAUGCAAGAAGUAGCGGGUGUGGUGAGCGGACAUCAAUCGCCCAACACAGUGGCCCAUUUCUUACGCAACAUUCCCGAUUUCACUUACACGGCCGGCGAGUCGUUCCUCUUUGACCUCUUUAUGACUAUGGCUGAUCACAUGACAUUCCGUGAUUUAAUGGCUCUCUUUUACGGAAUGCCAGAGGCAUUGAAUCAGAUGAGAGACCAUUUACGGAAUUUCACGCGCCAACGAGUCCUACCGUCCGGUGGUGACUUUUCAGAUCCUUCCGUGCGACAGGGUAUCAUGACACUGGUCAGUCAAGCCCUGCCCUUGCUUCAAAGCGCUGCUGCGGAAGCAAGUAUACGUCCCGAUGUGGAUUUCGUCGCCACAAUGGCGCAGUUUAUCCAGCAGCGUCUUCAUGAAGUGGUCCAAUUGAUUGGAAUGCCAGGAGAAAAUCCGGAUUUUGGCCGAUUGAUGAUGGACAAGAUCCGCCGGACAUUGAUAAUGGCUGCUGCAUUAGCUCUAAGUUGUUUCACUGAUGGUUCCACUAGUCUCGAGCGAGUUUUCUUGUCACAACUGCGCGGUGUGUCCGAUGGAGUUCAUCCAGCUGUGCAAGAGUGGACGACCAACUCAUCCAUCGAACGUCUGAGAACUCUGUUAGCGUCGGUCGAUUUAGAUCAGCUGACGCCCACCGUUGAACCCAUGGUGAUGAACGUGGAACGCGGCAGGACGUGGACGGCCCUUUUCAACGCCGAGGUGGAGGAAAUGAACGAUCGUGAGCCCUCUGCAUCAGUCACUACUCCAGCUGCGCCGGAAACUUCUACCUUAAGCCCUCCAGCUGCCAUGGGGUCGACUGCAACAGCGACCGAAGAAGAACCGAUGGAGGUGGUAGUGGAGAAGAAAGACGAAGCAUCGGCCAUAGUUCACGGACAACCAAGGCAACGCAGUCGUUUGGAGAAACUUCGACAGGAAGUGGCGGAAGCCCGCCAAAAGGAAGCUAAUCGCGUCAAAACACCAGAGCCCGUCAUUGACGUCGUCGUGGGGUCCCAAACUUGGCACAAUGAAGUCCCGAGGGAAUGGGUUCCAGUUAUCGCGCGUGAUAUCCAACGCCAAAGUCGAGCACCGCCACCUGUGCCGCUAAGCGACGCCUACCUGGCAGGAAUUCCCAACAAGCGGCGCAAGUUGGCCGAAGGCAAUCGACCCAACACGAAUCCUCAAUUACUUCUCCGGGAAACCAUCGAACGCGCUUUGCGCUCUGCCAAUGUCUCGUCGGCUACCGUCAAUGAAGUGACAAACGUGGCUACGGCCAACGUUGAAGUAGGCAGCGCCUUUUUACCCGAAGUCCGUCGGUUGGGCAAUGCUAGACUGGAUAGGGAUACGGAUUUCGAUGCCGAACGUUUCCCUAAUGCAGAACGUUUUUUUCAUGGAGGCACUUGAGUAAAUAAUAACAACAGCAUCCCCCCCACACUACCCUUUUACCCAUUUAUUAAUGAAUAAGUUUUUUUUUGUUUUUUACAACCUGUUUGAGUUGCGAUGUUUUUUUGUUUUUUGCCAUCAAGUCCAAUAGAUGGAGUAGGCGAUUUCGAUCUUCUUUGACAUCGAACGUCAUCAUCUUUUUCUUUAAUUUUGUUUUUGAUUGAUUUUUUUUUUCUCCCUGAACUAGACAGUUUGUUUUCUUCUUUGGUGAUCCCGUUUAUUCCCAAAAAGCUUUGUGCUCUUUUAAAAAAAAAAAGGCAAAACAAAAAGAAAUUGAAGCGAGUGUCAUAUUUUCUUGCUUCCCCUAGAAGUUGCCUUUAUGGCCAUCAAUAACUUUUUUUCUCGCUUGGCGAUACAACCUAACAUAUAAGAAUAAUCUUUUUUUCUUUUUUUUUUAAUUUGUUUUCAUAACAUGGCAUUGACUGAUGAUUGUUUGAAUACAACAUUACUUUCUUGUUUA